GGAAAAGAACAAAGAAACAUACUAGCCAAGCAUUAGAUUCAAUUUUAAGUGUUUUCUACCAAUUAUAUUUGCAUAAAGAUGACAUCAACAGCUACUAAAAGAAGUCGUGCCACACCCGAGCAGCUAAAUCGUAUGCUUGACUACCUAAUGGAAGUCCCGGGCCUAGCAGGAUCUAGGUUCCACAGCCUCCAUGGUAAGUUCGAAUGCGACAAAAAAUGGAGCGAGCUAGCAAGAAAGUUAAAUAGUCUGGGUGGAGCAGUGAAGACAGUCAAUCAAUGGCACAAGGUAUGGCGGGACUUAAAAAGCCGCACCAGCAUCAAAGUACGGAAUCGGCGAAGGCAACAAGCUUUAACUGAAAACAGGCCUAUCAGUGAGGAGCCCCUAACGGAAUUCGAGAGGCGGGUGUCUGCUCUUAUAGGGGAAGAAUAUAUGAAUGGGCACGAUUCAACAGCUGAAAAUAUUCCACUAGAGCAGGUAAUCCAAAUGGGUAUCGAAGUGAAAGAUGAAAGCAUGAUUUCGGUAGCCCCAUCGCCUUUACGGACGCCACUUGCAGAAAAUUUCACGCUGAGGUCAGGUAAUUCGCACUUCUCAGACAGGAGAACACCACGGGCGAGCUUGAAAAGAAAGCGCAUGGAAGAAGACGGUGAUGCUCGGAAGAAAUUUUUGGAAAUAGCAGAAAAACAGGCAGAUGCACUAAAGAUGCUAGCCCAGUCGAGUGUAGAAACCGUAGAAGUCGCGAAACAACAAGCAGAUGCUUUAAAGAUCUUAGCCGAAAGCAGCUCUGCAAGUGUCCAGGCGAAUAAAAUGAUGGCGGAGGCAAUAACCGUAUUGGGGAAUGGUUUGAGCGCUACCGCGGAAACAUUCAACAAUCUAACGCCAAUCAUAAGCCAAAUACUCAAAAGACAUACUCGCACUUUUUAAAUAAGUUUUUGAUCAUAAAAUUUCACAGUUCUGAUUAAAAUUACUAAUUCUUCUUUAUCGUUUGAUUUAACAACACCAAAAUUAUUGUCGUUUAGAUUGCGAUAAUCGACAUCGUAACCAAUCAGCUGAUUUUGCCUUGUCGAUUUUCGUAAUGAAAUGGG